GUUACCUCAAAUUAGGAUAAGGGAAGGGAGAGGUCUGCCGUCUACAGCGGCCAUCUGUCUGUGGACAGGCGAGCGUUCACACGGCUGUAAAUGGAGACAAGGCUGGAGUUGGAUGUUUUGAUAUUCCCAGAUGAAGUGAGGAUUGCCACACCAGAGGAUCUCACAGAAUGGGAACUUGAGACUGCGAGCCAGGUGUCCAGACCCACCGUCCGACUCUUUGUGGCUCUUUACCCGUACAACCCUGCUGCAAUGUCUCCCAACUACGACACGGCUGCAGAGGAGCUGCCUUUUGUACCGGGCCAGAUAAUCAAGGUGGUUGGAGACAAAGACCCUGAUGGUUUCUAUCACGGUGAGUCCGGUGGUCUCUCUGGUUAUGUGCCAAGUAACAUGGUGGCUGAAAUCCCAGUGGAUGAUGAGUACCUGAAGCAUCUACUUAUGCAGCAGGGAUUCGUCCCCGUGGACCACACAGGUAUGUCUUUAACGCCAGAUAUGAGCGACACAGCCAGCAUCCCUGAUGACGUGGUCGUCCGACGAAUGGUGGCCUUAUUUGACUACGAUCCAUGGGAGAGUUCACCCAACAUGGACAGUGAAGUUGAACUUGGCUUUCGUUCUGGAGACAUCAUAUAUGUGUUAGGUGACAUGGAUCAAGAUGGAUUUUACUAUGGCGAUCUGUGUGGACGGCGAGGUUUGGUUCCAUCAAACUUUCUGCAGCCGCUGCCCUGGGAUUAGAAGCUGACUGUCGCACACAGUCAGAAAUCAGCAGGGUUUUAUUAUGUGUUAAAAUUAUUUAUUUUUACAUUUUUUAUUAUAGCACGGCACUGCACCUGUUCUAGAUUGCAAAUCAGUGACGGGAUCUGUACAGAUAAGCGACUAAUUAAUCCAGUACCGCCAGUAUUAUCGGUUUUGAUCAGGAUUAUGCAAAGUGAAAAGAGUUCUCAUUAUACAAUUGUCACAUAAUUCAUUUAUUGAAAAUUUUUGACAAAAAAUGACAAAUCAUUGGGUAAACAAAGAAACAGAAAAUUACAAGUCAGGAAUAUUUUUGGAAUUCACCUUGUAUUUGACUGUCUGCUUUCACUUUCAACAUGAGCCAAUGGCUAAUUUUACAAAAUGAAAUUCAAUACAGGCUAUAUGUAUAUUUGUAAUUACAAUAUGAACAUACUGUAAUUAUUUCAAUCAUACCUGAUGGCAAUAGGUACAUUAUUUUAGCCUUAAUAAUACACUCUUAGUCUCAGUUUUUUGCAGACCAGAGUGUAUUAAUAUAGUACGUCCAUAUUUGCCUUAUAUCCUAUUUAUAUAUUUUCUGCAAUUUGUAUGUAAAAAAAAAUCACUUAGAAAAUUUUGUAUAAAGGAAAUGAUUAAAUCACUGUAAGUGUUGUAAAUGUGUAAAUAAACUGUAUUUAAUUUGUAAAGGUGCUUUGCUGCUUUCAUUUAACCACACCUCUAAGCUUCUUGCUGGUACUGGUAUAUGAUUUUAUGACAUCAAUU